AUGCCGUCGGCCUUCACGCCUUGUCCAGCGAAGUCGCGCUUGGCCGCCAUGACAGCGAGACUAUGCCGCCACGGCAAGUUUUUUUUUUCCUUUCCAUACCUGCAGAAUAAAUUUCGUUCGUUGUCACGGUUGAAUAAGCCAUGUUAUGGACUUGUUUUGAUCUUAACCGUGAUUUCAAUAAAGUGCUGUAUGGAAUUAGUAAUGUGAAAAUUCAGAUAUGAUUAUCCUAGAAUUUAUUUUUUAGAUUUGCCAUGUUGGUACUGAAAUCUGUAAUUUUUCAUGUUGAACUCUCAUGUUAAAAUGUCAUGAGGCUGUGAUUAUAUUCAGUUUUGCUUGUGUUGCCAUGUGCAAUUUUUUGUGUUUUCAUGGUGGUUUCGUGUUGUCAUGUUGAAAACACAAUGCAUUCAAGUUUCCGUAGAAAAAUGUAAGAGUUUUGAAGUUGCCAUGUUCAAAUUGCAAACAAAGUUCCAUGAAAAAUUGCAACCAAGCACUGCUUGCACACAGCUGCAGGAGCAAGUCAAUACAUUAGGAUACACGGCAGUAGCAGCACGAUGCCACGAAGUACCAACACUAAGCUUGUUUAUGUACCACUGAGGGGAAAAGGGGGCAUUGAUCCAAUUAACUGAGGACUUUAACUUUUUCUUGAGGUAUCAGAGGACUUUAACAAAGUGAACUGGCAAUAACGAGAAAGUCGGUGGCUGAGUGGAACAUAAGCAAUUGAGGGAUUUCCAGUAGCGUAUGAUUUAAGUGGACACUGUUUGAUGGCAUAUAAACAAGUUUCUUUUUGUUAGUUUCGCUUUGGACAACAAGAUUCAGUUUGUUUUUCCUUUUGAUAAAGAAUAUGUUACUCUGCCCAUUGCUGCCUGAAAAGAAUUGUAAAUCCUGUCUUCCAGUUUAGGCCAUAAUAUUUAGCACAUGUAGUGCUCUUCAAUUCUACGCAAAAUGCUAAUCAUUUCCCGUUCUCUUUAUUCUAGUUUGUGCUUGGUCAUUGUGUUAUCUGUCUUGAUACUCUUUAUUCUUCAUCUUUCUAUGCCUGCUAGUUAUUGUUUAUGUUACCAACAUCAAUAGUAAAAC